GCAGAGGGCGCUGCCGGGCAUGGCCGAGGAGCGUCGCGGGGCUUCGGUUUCUGCGGCUUCGGGCAGGCGCUGGGCUCCGGGCGCGGGCGCCAGGUACACAGCCCCGAGCCUCUGAGGGCGCCGGGCGCGGACCUCGAUGUUUGCCGCGUGAGCGCGAGCUGGAGCUACACCGCCUUCGUGACCCGUGGAGGAGGCCAGGUGGAGCUGUCUGGCUUCACGGUCGGAGCGGCAGGCGGCUGCAGGGACGCGUGGGCGUCGGAGGAGCUCCUGGUGGUGCUGCGCGCGGGGCCGGGACCCGGGGCCGGGACGGAGCUGCAGGCCUGGGCGCCCGGUUCGGCGCUGCGCGGGGAGCCCCUCUGGGCCCAGACCGUGCCUGAGGCCGAGCGGGAAGACGGACCGGGCGGCGAUGAGACCCAGGCUGGGCCGCUGCCGCUGCUGCCCUGCGCUCGCGCCUACGUGAGCCCGCGGCCGCCCUUCUACCGGCCUCUGGCCCCGACACUGCGGGCGCGCCGGCUGGAGCUGGGCGCUGAGCACGCGUUGCUGCUGGACGCGGCGGGCCAGGUGUUCUCCUGGGGCGGGGGCAGGCACGGACAGCUGGGCCACGGGACUCUGGAGGCAGAGCCGGAACCGAGGCUGCUGCAGGCGCUGCAGGGCCUAACCAUGGCUGAGGUGGCCGCAGGUGGCUGGCACUCUCUGUGUGUGAGUGAGGCUGGGGAUAUUUAUAUCUGGGGCUGGAAUGAAUCAGGGCAGCUGGCCCUGCCCACCAAGAGCCUGGCAGAGGAUGGAAAGACAACCGCAGAAGCCUCAGGACUGAAUGAAGAUGGUUCUGAAGUGAAGAGAGUAGCCGGGGGUGAGGAUGGAGCCCCCGCCCCCUUCAUAGCUGUCCAGCCCUUCCCGGCUUUAUUGGACCUCCCCCUGGGCUCAGAUGCAGUCAAGGCCAGCUGUGGAUCCCGGCACACAGCGGUGGUGACAAGAAUGGGGGAGCUCUACACCUGGGGCUGGGGUAAAUAUGGACAGCUUGGCCACAAAGACACGACCAGCUUGGAUCGGCCCUGCCGUGUGAAGUACUUUGUAGAUAAGCAACUCCAAGUAAGGACCGUGAGCUGUGGGCCCUGGAACACCUACGUGUAUGCUGUGGAAAAAGAGAAGAGCUGACGUGUAUAGAUAAGGGCAUUAAAUAAAUGUAGAGUGAAAAAUUAUGAAGCUAACACCUGUGAAACUCCCCCCAGGUCAAGGAAAACCAUUGCCAGCACCCCAGAGGCCCCACAUUUGGCCUUCCCUAUCACAGCCCUCUUGCUCCACCUUAGAGCAGGCAGCAUCCUCAACUUUGUCUUCACAUUAGGAACACCUGGAGGGAACUCCCUGGUGGUCCAGUGAUUAGGACUCUGCUUUCACUACCUAGGGCUCGGGUUCAAUCCCGGGUCUGGGAACUAAGAUCACACAAGCCCGUGGCAC